AUGCUUUCCAAAUCUCUCCUCGUGGCCCUCGCGGGCCUCACAUCCCUCACCUUCGCAGACGACGAACAAGCCCUCCUCACACCGCAAAGGUUCAGCGGCGCCCUGUUGAAUAAAGACGUCGCCUUCCUCCUCCCAGGCACGGGGUCACCGCUCGUCGCGUUCGGCGCCGUCUCGGCAUCCUGCGACAUUGGCGAGAAGGGCUGCGACGGGAAAUGCAUCCCCACGACGGGAUCGUGCUGCGGCAUCGGCACGGGCGGAUACUGCGAGCUGGGCAAAUACUGCGUGACCGGAGGGUGUUGCCCCAUCGGGAAGACGUGCAGCGGAUCGGCGUCGGGCUGCUCCGCCGGCAAGGUCUCGUGUAACGGGUACUGCAUCCCCUCGGGUACCGUCUGCUGCUCGGACGGCGGAUACUGCAACGCCGGCGAGACGUGCACGGCCAACGGCUACUGCUCCAAGGGCGGCGGCGGCGGCGGCGGCAGCGGAACCUGCGACGUCGGCAAGGAGCGCUGCGGUACCGGCUGCAUGCCCACGGGCCAGACCUGCUGCACCACGUACUACUGCGACUCGGACCAGACCUGCGCCGGUGACAAGAAGUGCAGAAACCCGGGUAGCGGUGGUGGAGGCGGCGGCGGAGGUGGUUGUGCGUCCGGACAGACGUCCUGCGGGACAGGAUGCAUGCCCACAGGAAACGUCUGCUGCGAAUCGUACUACUGCUUGACGGGACAGACCUGCGUCGGCGACAAGAAGUGCCGGAACCCCAGCGGCGGCGGCGGCGGUGGUGGAGGCGGUGGUUCGGGAGGUGGUUGCGCGGCUGGCCAGACGGCCUGCGGAACAGGAUGCAUGCCCACCGGCAAUGUCUGCUGUAGCACAUACUACUGCUUGACGGGACAAACAUGUUACGGCGACAACAAGUGCCGUAACCCCGGCACUGGCGGCGGCGGCGGUGGUGGUGGUGGAGGUGGCAGUGGUGAUUCUUCGACAGCGCUGCUUCCUACGUCAAUCGUCGCCGAAGACACGCCGACAUUUACUUUUAACAACUUCCCGACGUCAACGGACCCUGUCCGUGAAGACGUACCUACGACAACAAGCUCCUCAACAAGCUCUUCAGCCAGAUUCUCAAGCAUCGCCCCGGGGCCGAGCACCACUGUUGCGGUGGCCGGCACGGGAGCGGCGCGAGGCGGUAUCCAAGUAGACGGUGUGGUCUUGGUUGCGGGAUUGUUGGCGGCUGCGCCAUUGGUAAUUUGA